AUGAGGUUCGGAUGGGCCGUGGUUUUUGCACCGGCCGUUUUGGCUGCGACGGUGUCUUAUGAUUUCACUAUUGAAUGGGUCAGGGCGAAUCCUGAUGGGGCGUUUGAGAGGCCCACGAUUGGCAUAAAUGGAGUGUGGCCGAUCCCCAGGAUUGAGGCUAAUGUUGGAGAUACCAUUUUGGUCAAUGCCAGGAAUAAUUUGGGCAAUCAGAGCACGUCUUUGCAUUUCCAUGGAUUGUUUAUGAAUGGCUCCAAUCAUAUGGAUGGACCGUCGCAGGUUACGCAGUGUGCUAUUCAACCUGGACAGUCUUUUCUUUACAACUUUACGAUUACUCAACCUGGUACUUAUUGGUAUCACUCUCAUACCGAGAGUCAAUAUCCUGAUGGUCUUCGUGGUCCUCUUAUCAUUCAUGACCCAGAGUCACCUUUCAAAGACCAAUAUGACGAGGAAAUCAUCAUGACUGUCUCAGAUUGGUAUCACGACCAGAUGCAGACUCUUAUUCCCGAGUUUAUGAGAAAGGGAAACCCAACUGGUGCCGAGCCAGUCCCUCAAGCUGCUCUCAUAAACGAGACUCAGGAUCUCAAGGUUGCUGUCCAGCCUGGAAAGACAUAUCUUCUUCGACUGGCCAACAUCGCCGCAUUUGCAGGACACUUCUUUUGGAUUGAGGGUCAUAACAUGACUAUUGUUGAGGUGGACGGCGCAUACACGAAGCCAGCUGCGGCUAACAUGAUUUAUCUAUCUGCUGGUCAGCGAUGUAGUGUUUUGGUCGCUACCAAGCAGGACGCUUCGGCCAACUUUCCCAUCGUGUCAAGCAUGGAUACAGAUCUAUUCGACGUGCUCCCCGAUGAUCUCAACUGGAAUGUCACCGGAUGGCUGGUAUAUGAUCAAGAAAAGGACCUCCCUAAGCCGUCGACCGUUUACGAAUUCGAUCCUCAUGAUGAUAUGGAUCUUGUGCCUUACGACGAGAUGGCUUUACUCCCUGAACCUAGCAAGCAUAUCGAACUGGAUGUCAUCAUGGAUAAUCUCCGCGACGGUGCAAACUACGCUUUCUUCAACAAUAUCACUUACCAGGCUCCCAAGGUGCCUACGCUAUAUACUGCAUUGACAAGCGGCAAAGAGGCAACAAACCCGCAGAUUUACGGAACCUAUACGCAUAGCUUCGUUUUGAAGAAGGAUGAGAUUGUUCAAAUUGUUGUCAACAACAGGGACGACGGACGACAUCCAUUCCAUUUGCACGGCCAUCACUUCCAAGUCCUUCAUCGAAGUGAAGACGAUGUUGGCGAUUUCGCUGGCUCGGAGAAGUUUGCCAAGACACCGAUGAGACGAGAUACUGUUGUAGUGAGAGGGAAUGGAAAUGCGGUGCUUCGAUUCAAGGCCAAUAACCCAGGUGUCUGGCUGUUCCACUGCCAUAUCGAGUGGCACGUUACGUCUGGGUUAAUCGCGACAUUCGUUGAAGACCCUCUCGCUUUGCAGGCUUCGCUUGAGCUACCCAAAAAUCACCUCGACGCUUGCAAAGCUGGUGGUGUUCCUACAGUCGGCAAUGCUGCUGGAAACACUGAUCUCUCUGACCUUUCCGGCGAAAAUGUCCCGCCACCGCGUCUCCCUGACGGCUUCACACCGAAAGGCAUUGUCGCAUUUGCGUUAAGCACAUUGAUGGGUAUUUUUGGCAUUUACACAGUCGCAUCAUACGGAAUAAAGAAGGACAAAAAGACGCCCGAGAGAGCGCCGUUGCUUGCCGAAGACGAACCCUCGGAGCAGUAG